AUGGCACAAUCCAACAAGGGGGCAUCAGAUGUCAUUCAAAGGAAGCCAAGGUGGAGGAAAGAACUGGCUACCCCGAAGUCAGCUUUGUCUGACAUACAGAAAUGCAAGAAACUUGGAAUUGAAAUGCACCUCCAGGCAAACAAGAUGAGGAGCAGCUAUGCUGGCCAUGUACACUGGGGACGCAAGUGCUCCGACAAAGCACUGGCACUCUUCAUGUCCCAGAAAGGGUUCCAUGAAAACCUCAGCAAGAACACGGUUGAAAGUAUCUGUGCAGCAUUCAAGAAGCUCUGGGAGCAAGCGGACAGCAGCACUUUUCAUGGAAAGUGGAGUUUUAAUGAGGCAAGACAGCGCUGGGAGGGAAAUCCAGCUGACUCGGCAGAGGUGCUUCGAACUCAUCAAAUUGCAGUGCAAAGACAUAUCGCUCGACACAAUCCUGCUGGAUACUGUUGUAAAAAGUAUCUUGUACAUGAGCCACUGACACUCAGCGACAGCAACACCUAUUUCGAAAUAUUCCUUUCAAACCAAAAAGGAUGGCAGAAAAAGGUCGAUAAGGGUAUCUGCAAGGCAGACCUUAGCUUCAUCUGGAUGUUGCUCUGGAUCAAAUGGCUUGAGUUUUUUCAUUAUGGACGCACACUCAGGCCAAACAACUUCAUCUUCCCUUCGAUGGGUGCCAAUGGCAUCAUGCAGCCUGGACAGCCUCUCUCUCACGACACUGUGCAAAGUGGAUUGAUGAGGCAACAACAGGUGCCCAGUAUUGGUUCAUGUUCGCACCAGUUGGUCAGCAGUGGUCACUUGCCAUGGUUUGAUGGUGGGGAGGAUGGGCUGAUGGUAAACAGCGAAACAUGCUCAUUUGUUACCUUCUUCGACGAACUACACACCUAUGAGACUGACUACAGUGAUGCCCUCGCUCCUUUCUCCUGCAAAGCUGAAUCCUCCCUUGCAGGCGAGCAGGCACUCAUGAGGCCAGCAUCCACUGAGGAGCUGUGCAUGGUUCAUCAUUCUGUGACUGCAGAUGUCAAUUGUUUGCGAGUUGACAUCAGUGCAGUCAACAACUCACUUCGGUCACUCACCAGCAUGGUUCAGGCCACUUCGAGUUGCCUGAAGGCUGCUGGACACCUACCUCACCUGACCAUGGCAACACAGCUCAAACUCAAAGAAUACCCCCGCUUCAACCUUCUCUCCAAGUUUGCAUCCACUGGUGCAGUGUCUCCUUGGCAUGCUACACACACAGGCCCAGGCCACACAGCCUCGACUCAACAACUCCCAAGCAACGGUCUCGUCAUUCCACGGCUGCCACUCGUCCAUUUGAAUGGGUUGAAGACUCCAAAGGCCGAGUCCUGGAAGGACAUCAUCACGCACUGGCUCGUUGGCGACCCCAACAGAGGGUUGAAGACACCACUCAAAGACUGGCCGCAGGAGUGGUACCAAGGCCUGAACUGGAAGCUCGCAAUGCAGUACCAGAACAGGGCCAUUGUUGCGCAUGAGUUCAUCAACCAUUACCAGUCAGAUGAGGCCCUCUUCCUUGCAGCCUAUCCAGAAGCCGAGCGGGGACACACCCCACUGCUUGCAGCCAUCAACAAGGCACGGGCUGUACGAGGAGAGCGUGGCCACAUGGCCAGGACUGUUGGUACUGUACAUUCCAUUCCUGCACCUACUCUCUACCCUAGUCCACAAGGUCAAACACUAACGACAAAAGCAAUGAUCUGGCUCGAAAAAGGAAAAGAUCAAGAGCAUGUGCGCCCAUGUGAGACUUCUGGCUGA